UGUACAAAUAAGGUUUCUGUGGUGAGAUGCAAAAGUCACUUCCUCUUUCAACAACAAAUUGUCAGUUAUCAGCAGGAUCCGUGUUACCCAGAGUUAUAUUUUUCAUCCCCAGCUCCCUGCAAAGAAACUAGAGUGCUAAACCCUGCAAGUCUCCAGGGGAUCAUAACUCUACGACUUACCUUAAUGAAUAUACUGAAAUAUUCAAGAUGCAUGACAACAGUGCUAGCGAUGCUGUGACCAAGUGCAAUGUCACUAGUUUGACAUUUCAGUACACUCUCUAUGCAACCACCUACGUCCUCAUAUUCAUCCCUGGUCUUCUGGCUAACAGUGUAGCCUUGUGGGUUCUGUGGCGCUUCAUCAGCAAGAAAAAUAAAGCCAUCAUUUUCAUGAUCAACCUCUCUGUGGCUGACCUUGCUCAUGUGCUCUCCUUACCCCUCCGGAUUUACUACUACAUCAGCCACCACUGGCCUUUCCAGAAGACCCUUUGCCUGCUGUGCUUCUACCUGAAAUAUCUCAACAUGUACGCCAGCAUUUGCUUCCUGACCUGCAUCAGCCUUCAGAGGUGCUUCUUUCUCCUGAAGCCCUUCAGGGCCAGAGAUUGGAAGCGUAGGUAUGAUGUGGGCAUCAGUGCUGUCAUCUGGGUCAUCGUGGGCACUGCCUGUUUGCCAUUUCCAAUUCUGAGAGGUACUGGCUUAGCCAACAAUACUGAAUCCUGCUUUGCUGAUCUUGGAUACAAAAAAAUGCCUCCAAUGGAUUUGGUUGGGAUGAUUACAGUUGCUGAGCUGGCAGGAUUUGUGAUCCCAGUCAUCAUCAUCGCAUGGUGUACCUGGAAAACCACCAUAUCCUUGAGACAACCACCAAUGGCUUUCCAGGGAAUCAGUGAGAGGCAGAAAGCAUUGCGUAUGGUUUUCAUGUGUGCUGCAGUCUUUUUCAUAUGCUUCACUCCCUAUCAUAUUAACUUUAUUUUUUACACCAUGGUAAAGGAAGAUUUCAUUAGCAGUUGUUCCAUUGUCAAAAGCGCACAGUAUUUUCACCCUUUUAGUCUAUGCCUUGCAAGUCUUUGCUGCCUUUUGGAUCCAAUUCUCUAUUAUUUCAUGGCCUCAGAGUUUCGUGACCAACUCUCCCGCCAUGGCAGUUCUGUGACCCGUUCUCGCCUCAUGAGCAGGGAGAGUGGUUCAUCAAUGAUUGGCUAAAAAUAAAAUAACUUUUCAAUUAUGACUUUGUUU